UAGUGUGGGUCACGUGACUGCGGUGCGGCUGCUGUGUUCUCGUCUUUGAGCAGCUAACAUUAACAGAGUCCUGUACAGCCGCAAUCAAGACCGACGAUUAAACCCCUCAGGCCUGGAGACAGGUCUAACGUUACCCAACUAUAAUAUCCGAGCUUCUUCUGUGGGUCAGAUCGGUCUACCUAUCCUUAUCAAAUGGAUAAUGGGGACUGGGGGAAUAGCAGGUUGACUCACCCAGUCACCUUAAAUGUUGGAGGUCACCUCUACACGACCUCCAUCUCCACUCUUCAACGUUACCCAGACUCCAUGCUGGGCGCCAUGUUCCGCGGCGACUUCCCCACCACGCGGGACGCUCAGGGAAACUACUUCAUCGAUCGGGACGGGACGCUUUUCCGCUACAUAUUAAACUUCCUGCGCACAUCCGAGCUCACUCUUCCUGUUGACUUCAUGGAGAUGGACCUUCUGCGUAAAGAAGCUGACUUCUAUCAGAUCGAGCCUUUAAUACAAUGCCUCAGUGACCCAAAGCCUCUGUACCCGCUGGACACCUUUGAGCAGGUGGUGGAGUUGUCCAGUACCCGCAAGCUGUCUAAGUACUCGAAUCCAGUAGCGGUUAUUAUCACGCAACUAACCAUAACCACCAAGGUCCACUCGCUGCUGGAGGGAAUAUCCAACAACUUCACUAAGUGGAACAAACACAUGAUGGACACCAGAGACUGUCAGGUGUCUUUCACCUUUGGACCAUGUGACCACCAUCAAGAGGUGUCUCUAAGGGUCCACCUCAUGGACUACAUUACCAAACAGGGAUUCACGAUCCGGAACACACGGGUGCACCACAUGAGCGAGCGUGCCAACGAGAACACAGUGGAGCAUCACUGGACUUUCUGCCGGCUAGCAUAUAAAGUAGAAGAUUGACCAAUUUAUGAAUGUGCUACCAAAUGUGGUUGCUGCGGUUUCCAAUUCGAUGGUUUAAUCUGUAGAAAUUCCAUUGUCAGUUGAGACCAAGCAGAAGAAAAAGGGAAUGAAAUUUAAAGGAUCACAUUCACAUCAUGCAAUGCAGAAUAUUUUGCAAAAUCAUUAAAAUAAUAUAUGAUACAAACACAUUUGCAAUAUGUAUUCAGAUAAUACUCUAGCAUCUUUCAGUAUUCUGUGAACACCUUGACCACAAUCAU